ACUGUCAAAUAUUUCUUUCAUACUUCUUCGCGCAUUCAUUUCUCGUUUACAGUUAAAUUGUGGUCAAUUGUGAAAAUAGUCAUAGCAACCGCGUUAACUUGAUAUACGACCCAUUUUGGGGCUGUAAUUUUAUAGGAAAAUAUCAACAGUUUCGAAUUGUGUCCCCCUUUAUUGGGUAAAGGUUAAGUAGAUAGUAGAUAACACCCACAUUCCAGUAAAAAAAAAAACACAGCUAUCAAAACUAUUGGCGUCCGUUUUUAAUGGUUAUUUACUUGUAAGAAUUCAAGUUGUUAAUCAUUAGUUAACCAAUGGCCCAUGCUAAUAUCAUUUUAAAAUUUUAAACAUUUCUCUCAACAUGGGGUGGUUUAAAUCCGUAUCUAGUUUCUUUUUUUGGUAUGAAACACCAAAAGUUGUGCACAUCCGAAGUAUAAAGGUUGGGAUUUUAGGAAGGUUCCUGCAGCUAUGUGUCCUGUCAUACAUUGUUGGAUAUGUUAUGGUGUAUAAAAAAGGCUAUCAAGAAUUUUGUGCUGUUGAGAGUGCAGUUGUGACCAAAGUCAAAGGUGUUGCAUUCACUAAUACCCAGAAAAAUGUUCCUGAAAUAUACAAACGAAUUUGGGAUACAUCAGAUUUAAUAAUUCCACCAUCUGAAAAUGAUGCAUUUUUCAUUACAACAAAUAUUAUAAUUACACCAAAUCAAACUAGGAGAACCUGUAGUGAGGACCCAGGCGUGCAUGGAGCGUUGUGCAAUACGCCUGCCCAGUGCCAUGAAGGACAUUCUUUACCAAUCGGAAACGGAGCUAUGACUGGCCGCUGCGUUCCUAGUGAUGUUAACGCAAGUGUAAACGUCUGCGAAAUAUUUGCUUGGUGUCCGAUAGAACAAGAUCUUUUCCCAUUGGGAUUUGACCAGCCUUUACUUGAAGAAACUGCAGAUUUUACAGUUCUGAUAAAAAAUUUUAUUGAAUUUCCAAUGUUUGGUAAAACAUUCCGCCGGAGGAACAUCAUGCAAGAUGCCAACAAAACGUACCUUCAAACUUGCCAUUAUCAUCCAGAAAGAGAUCCGUUCUGUCCAGUUUUUCGAAUCGACGAUAUAGUUUCGUUUGCUGGCGAAAAUUUUACACAGCUUGCCGUGCGUGGAGGAGUUAUUGUCAUUUCAAUUGAGUGGAAUUGUAAUCUAGAUCUAGAUUUCAUGGAAUUGUGCAAACCGAUCUACACUUUCAGAAGGGUUGAUGAUCCCAACACAAAUAUCGCCCCUGGUUGGAAUUUUAGGUACGCAAAUUACCAUGAAGAAAAUCGCCGCACUUUAUUCAAAGCAUAUGGAAUUCGAUUCGUUAUUGAGGUUAGGGGUGAGGGUGGAAAAUUUAAUAUGCUCCCAACCAUGCUGAAUGUUGGAUCUGGCCUUGCUCUUCUUGGAGUGACAACGGUGAUGUGUGAUUUCAUCAUCUUAUAUUUUACGAAAAACCGAACGUUCUACAAAGGAGUGAAAUACUUGCUGGUCAACGGAGAAGAUGCAGAGAAAGAACCACUUCAAUCGGAAUCUGGUAUAACUUACGGAAGCAACAGAAACCAAUAGAUGGGUAAUUCCAGUGACGCAUACCGUAGAACAUAAAAAUAUUUGAUAUUGUGCCUAGUCAAAAGUGCAUUCCUUGAAAGAAAUCUAAAUUGAACCGAUUUUUAAAAACAUCAUUUUUUAAUACAAAGACACAUGCCCAA